UCCACUCUCCCCGAAUUGACAGGCCACAGCUGCGCAAGUGAGUCGUAUCGGCGCACAAGAAAUCAACCAUUGCUGUUGCUGUCCAAGCGAGUGUUGUGUGUUAUUCCCAGUGUCCUGCGGAUUGGAGGUGGCCAGCGGACUCGCCGUCAAAGAAUGUGGGGUCCCCACGACCCUUGACGUAUGCCCGCAUUCGAAAAGGUUUCUCUCUUCGCGUGUUGAUUAAUUGUGUUCAAACUUUUCCAAGAUGAUGAAAGGAAACGGACCGCCGAAACGCGAAGGCAAAAUGCGGAUACGAGCAUUCCCUGCUAACAUGGACGAGAAGUACGUGGACACGAUCUGGACGCUGCUGAAAAACGCCAUCCAGGAAAUUCAGAAGAAAAACAACUCUGGCUUGAGCUUCGAGGAGCUGUACAGAAACGCGUACACCAUGGUCCUGCACAAGCGAGGAGAACGUCUCUACACUGGCCUCAAAGAAGUGGUCACCAGCCACCUGGAGAACAAAGUUCGACAAGACGUGCUGCAAGCGCUAAAUAACAACUUUCUGUCAACUCUGAAUUCUUCGUGGAGCGACCACCAAACCUCGAUGGUCAUGAUUAGAGACAUUCUUAUGUACAUGGACCGCGUGUAUGUGCAGCAAAACGACGUUGACAACGUCUACAACCUUGGCCUCUCGAUAUUUCGGGACCAGGUGGUGCGAUACAAUGUGAUUGGAGACUGUCUGCGCACCACCCUUCUCGAGUUGGUGGCUCGGGAGCGGCGUGGCGAGGUGGUCAACCGCAUCGCCAUCAGAAACGCGUGCAGCAUGCUCAUGAUUUUGGGUAUUGAUUCACGCUCCGUCUACGAGGAGGACUUUGAGCGGCCGUUCCUCCAGCAAUCAGCUGAGUUUUACAGGCUGGAGAGCCAGAAAUUCCUGGCGGAGAACAGUGCCUCUGUGUAUAUUAAGAAGGUAGAGGCGAGAAUUCAGGAGGAGGUGGACCGCGCUCAGCACUACCUCGACCAAUCCACCGAGCCGAGGAUCGUGGACGUAGUCGAGACUGAGCUGAUCAAAAAACAUAUGAAGACCAUUGUAGAGAUGGAGAACAGCGGUGUGGUGCACAUGCUGAUAAACCAGAAGACAGACGACCUGGCGUGCAUGUACAAACUGUUCAGCCGGCUUCGUGACGGCCUGAAAACGAUUUCCGAGUGCGUGAGCAAGUAUUUGCGCGAGCAGGGCAAGGGUCUGGUGCAGGAGGAGGAGGACUCAAAGCAGAAUGAGGCGGCGGCCGCGACCGGCUUGCCCUGUUCAGGCGGCACCAACGCUAUUUCAUUCGUGCAGAAGCUGCUCGACUUGAAGGACCGCUUCGACCAUUUCCUCAAGAACUCGUUCGGCAACGACAGGAUAUUCAAGCAGGUCAUCGCAGCUGACUUUGAGUACUUCCUCAACCUCAAUCCCAAGUCGCCAGAGUACCUCUCGCUCUUCAUCGACGACAAGCUCAAGAAAGGAGUCAGAGGGAUGUCCGAACAAGAAAUUGAGUCAGUUCUGGACAAAGCAAUGGUGAUGUUCCGGUUCCUGCAGGAGAAGGAUGUAUUUGAGCGCUACUACAAGCAGCAUUUGGCCAAGCGUCUGCUGCUCAACAAAUCAGUGAGCGACGACUGUGAGAAAAAUAUGAUUUCCAAGCUAAAAACCGAGUGCGGCUGCCAGUUCACGUCGAAGCUGGAAGGCAUGUUCAAGGACAUGACCAUUUCCAACACCUACAUGGAGGAAAUGAAGGAGCACUUGAUGAACAAAGGGCAAACGUGCGUGAGUGGCGUGGACCUGAAUGUGCGGGUCCUCACCACUGGCUUCUGGCCUACGCAAACCGUCGUCCCAAAGUGCAACAUCCCAACCGCGCCUAGAGAGGCGUUUGAAGAGUUCAGAAGAUUCUAUCUGGGCAAACACAGUGGGCGGCAGCUGACCCUGCAAGCGCAGCUGGGCUCUGCCGACUUGAACGCCUUCUUCUACGGCUCGAUGCGGCCGUCGGGGAAGGCGGAUGACGGUGCGUCAGGCGGCGGCAUCGAGAUGGCCUCCACCUCGACAGGCACGUUCUCUGGCGGUGGCGGCAGCAAACAGCCCCGCAAGCACAUCAUCCAGGUGUCCACCUACCAGAUGUGCGUCCUCAUGCUCUUCAACAACCAGGAUCGGCUGACUUAUGAGGAGAUUGCUAGUGAGACUGAUAUUCCUGAGAGAGACCUCAUCAGAGCUCUUCAAUCCCUGGCCAUGGGCAAGUCCAGCCAGCGGGUUCUGCUGAAGCACCCAAAGACGAAAGAAAUUGAGCCGAGCAACAUUUUCUGCGUCAACGACAACUUCUACUCAAAACUACACAGGGUGAAGAUCCAGACAGUGGCGUCGCGUGGCGAGACAGAGCCCGAGCGGAAGGAGACGCGGACAAAGGUGGACGAGGACCGCAAGCACGAGAUCGAGGCAGCGAUCGUGCGCGUGAUGAAGGCGCGCAAGCGGAUGCAGCACAACUCGCUGGUGGCCGAGGUGACACAGCAGCUGAAGGCGCGCUUCCUGCCGCACCCGAUGGUGAUAAAGAAGCGUAUUGAGGGCCUCAUCGAGCGCGAGUACCUUGCCCGCACACCCGAGGAUAGGAAAAUUUACACAUACGUUGCUUAAGGAGGAAAGUCUACUUGCUUUUUGACCCGAGACGUCAUGUGGUUGGUGUGCUCAUCCAAACUGUCUAAAGUGUUUGCCCAUGUGGAUGGAUGUACUGUACAGACUAUCUGUUAAUUGCAGCGUCUUUUAAAAAAAUAUAAGUUUGACCGAUAAACACCGAUUCGUGAAGAUUCAUGCGAUCUAUAAAUAUAUAUAAACUUAAAUAAAAAUUAAGGCUUCCCUAAUUUGCCCACUCUAUAAUUGCGAAUCGACCAAGGAGAAUCAAUCCGGAAAUUAUGCAAAGUUAAUUAUGGAAGAGGAGACGAGAUUGGUGUUUGGAUUCAAGCGUAUUUCCAGGAGUAAUUGGUGAACAAAGAGUUAAUAUGAAAAUAAAGAGACUUUUCUAGAUAA